AUGCCUGCUGCAGUGGCUCAGCGCCGCAAGGCCGCCGGCCUGCCCACCCCCAGCGCGAAGAAAGCACGAACGUCCGCCCAGCCCAACGGCACUUCCGCGCGCAAAACCGGCCUCGCCGCCCUUGUGUCCGCUGACGGCAAGCGCGUCCAGGCAACCACUACCAAUGGUGUGAAGGGUGCGAAGCAGGACACCGCCGACGAGGCGCGUGCCAUUGUCGGUCACGGUGACGUCGACAUGCAAGAUGCGAGCGCCGACGCAGUUGUGGAGAUCUCCAGCGGCGAAGAAGAAAGCGACCUCGAAGACUCGGCGGACGAGCACAAGGACGAGGCUGCCGAUGCAAAGGCGGGGGCCGCCGACGCUGAAAUGGCAGACGGCGACGAGGCCGAGCCACCAUCAUUUGGCGAGCUGCUCCAGGCUAACGCACCGGAAGUCGUCGACGUUGAGGCUACUUUCCAGGAUCCCAACCAAGAUUCCCGCGCAUUGGCACCAACAAGUGGCAACAGGGCGCUGUCGGCCCCUUCGGCGACCUCUCUCGGUACGGUUCUGACGCAAGCCCUCAAGACGAACGACAAAGAGCUGCUCGAGUCCUGUUUCGAAAUGAACGACCUGAACAGCGUUCGGUCCACCAUCGAGCGCUUGCCCUCAACGCUUGUUGCCAACCUCCUCCGCAGACUCGCUGAGCGCCUACACAAGAGGCCGGGCCGUGCAGGAAACCUCAUGGUCUGGGUCCAAUGGUCUAUCGUUUCACACGGCGGAUACCUUGCUGGGAGGCAAGACAUAAUGAAGGAGCUCGGCAGCCUCAACCGCGUCAUCAAGGAGCGUGCAAGCGGUCUUCAGCCGCUGCUCACUCUCAAGGGCAAGCUUGAUAUGCUCUCGGCACAGCUGGAACUGCGGAGAAGCAUGCAGAAGGCAGCCCAUAUGGACGAGGAUGACGAGGAGGAAGGUGUAAUCUACGUUGAGGGUCAGGAUGAAAGCGACUCUGACGAGGAGGCGGCUACCGACAAGAACACCAAGGCUAUCACCGACAGCAGACCGCAGAAGCGUGCCAGCAAGUUGGGUGAUGAUGACGAUCUGGAAGGUGUGGAGAGCAGCGACGACGACGGCGCCAUGAAUCUCAACGCGGAAGAGGAAGAGGAUGACGAGGGCAGCGAAGACGAAGAUGUUUUGGAUGACGAGGCGGAGGAAACGGAGAAUGAUACUGGCGACGACGAGUCUGAGGACGAUCUGGAAGAGGUCGACGACGAUGAUGGCGAGGAUCUUUCCGGAGACGACAUGGAGACGCCGAGACCUACCAAGCGUUCUGCAGCUGCACAGCGCAUGGGCUUCGGCAGUGGCAGGAGACGCCGUUGA